AUGGAGCACGACGACGAAGGGGUCAGCUUGCCCCCUAAGCUCCAAAAGCCCCGUCAACUGCCUAGUGAUCUACCCACGUCGCUAGAUGACCGUAGGGCGCCAGUCAGCGGCCUAGGCGAAGAGACGGAGUACUACGAUGCGUGGGCUGGACAGUCCCAAUUUCUCACUAACCCUGUCCCGGCUCAGCCUCUCACCUUCAACCUUUCACUUGACGAAGCCAACUACGGAGAUGAUCCACGCACCCUCGAGGACAGUGACAGCCGACUCGUCCAGAUGCUCGCGUCCCAAGCCAGGUUGAGGGAAGAUGACACAGGUGCAGGCGGCGAAGAAUCUGUAGCAACCAGCGAUAAACUGUCGGAUGCCGAGAAGAGGGAUACACUGCAAGGGUGGCUUGCGACUGCUGCGAGCAAUGGCGACGUUGAAAGGGUCAGAAGACUUGUCAACGGUAGUGGCCAAAGUUUCGUAGAUGUGAAUAAAGCCGAUGCAGAAGGAACGCCGCCAUUGAUCUAUGCCAGUUGCUUUGGUCAUGAAGACGUGGUUGCGGCUCUGCUGCACGCCGGUGCAGAAGUCGACAAACAAGACCGCAACAAAUGGAGUCCAUUAAUGUGGGCAAUGACGAACCGGCACAAGGGGAUCGCGAAGCUGCUGCUCGAUCACGGAGCAUCGCCAGAGGUCAAGUCCUCAUCAGGGAGGAAAGCAUUCGAUUUUGUUGCACCGAAUAGCGAGAUAUCGGAUUACCUUUACGAAAGCGGAUAUGGCAUUGGAAACGCGGGAGUUGCAGAUGAUUUCUACAACUCCGGCUUCUCUCAAGAUCGAUUUGAGGAAGAAAUGGCGGAGAAUGAGAUGAAACGGCGGAUGAUGAUGGAGAGCGCCAUCAACCUAGAAGUCGACUUGGGAAAUUUGGGCCUCGACGAACAACCUGAGUCUCCAGGGGAACUAGAAGAAGGACAAGAGUUUGUCUGGGAUAAAUGUCUGAAUGACCAGAUGUUCGUUUUUCAAGAGAACGAGCUGGACCGCAUACUGGAUAUCAUCAUCACCAACAUGACACCUCAGAGAUCUCCUUCGCAGAAACCUGUUCCAGCGAACAUCCUGUUUCUCGGCGCUCGCUACGCGCAUUACCAUUCCAGCCCAGAACUUUUGGAAAAGCUUCUGACUUCAGCUGUGGAGAAGAUCAACGAUGUUGUAGAACGACACCAAUGGGACAUGACAAUCCUGGCUUUCUGGAUGUCGAACGCAACCUUACUUCUGCACUACCUCAAGAAGGACGGAGGGCUUGUUGGCGCAACCACAGAAUUCCAGCUUCAGAUGGCUGAGCUGAUCAACGAGAUCUUUAUCUUGAUAAUAAGAGAUGCCGAGCGGAGGAUGGAUAAGGUGUUGGACGCCGCCAUGUUAGACCACGAGACCAUACCUGGGUUUGAAGAUGUCCAAUUCCAGCACGAAUGGAAGAUUUUCAGGACAAAAGCCAAGGUCAGGGCACCCGAACCCAUGGAGAAGCGCUGGCGACCGCCAUCACCGAAACGAAGAGCUCAAGUAUCUCCGCGCAACAUUACAUCCCUUCUCUCAUCCACACUGUUCGUGCUGGAUCUCUAUGAUGUCCACUCUGUAAUUACAUCGCAAGUCCUUUCGCAGCUGAUAUACUGGCUAAAUGCGGAACUGUUCAACCGCAUCAUGUCCAAUAGGAAGUAUCUAGCGCGUACAAAGGCCAUGCAAAUACGGAUGAAUAUCUCGGCCCUCGAAGAUUGGGCGCGGACCAACAAUCGGCAGCCAGAGCAUUACGAGAACGGCUCAAUGACCUCUACAGGAGAGACAACAAUGGAUGCGGCGCGGCGCCAUCUUGCGCCUGUCGUACAGUUACUCCAGUGGCUACAAUGUUUCUCCUCAUUGGGCGACGACAUCGAGUCACUAGUUGGCACAUUGCAGCAGCUACCACGGCUGACACCGCAGCAGCUGAUCCAUGCCGUGAACUACUACAGGCCGGAGGUUGGCGAAAGAAGUCUGCCGAAGACCGCGAUGAGAUAUCUUCAGAAGUUGCAGAAGGAGGCGGCUGAUCGUAGAUCUGAGCGGAGGCGAGCAGCAACUCCUUCGCCAGUGCCACCGUCAAAAGAUGCGCCUCCUUCCACACCAACACGAAAGCACGGCCAGCAGCAGCCGAGUGCUUCAUCGCCUACCACCCCACAGCAGGCAGAGCAUGCAGACGACGAUGAAGAUGCCCCUGAGCAUCUCCUGCUGGACCCAGCGCUCAUGCUUCCGUUCUCUCUUCCUACUUCGACCGACAUGCUGAUCAGCUACGGUGCUGGGUUUGGCGGAACGGAUCGAGAGCGAGAAAGAAAGUACUUGCCUACCGUGCCACCUGAGUUUUUGGCAAAGCUAGACACCAGCGGCAACAAGAGUGGUGGGAGCUCUUAUGGCGAACCACGCUGGGACAACGGAUACAGCUGA